CACUCAACUAAGCAAGGCAGGAAUAUCUGAUGAUCUGGUCUGUGCUUCUAUCACUACCCUAUCUGUGGGCUGUGCUCUCCCUGACAGGAAAGAAAAACCUGCCAUUGUGAGAGAAGGAACGAAGGAAGGAAGACGAUGUCGUAUGUUCCUCCUCACCUCAGGAGCUCCAGCUCCACUAGUGUUGCUACCAGAAGCUCGUCUCUCGCCCAAGACACUAACGAUCACAAGAAGCUGGCCUUUUCCUCUAAUUCUCACUUCCACGCCUCUCUUACUCCUUCGUCCUCCUCCAGCUUCUCCAAUUCCUCUCGCCGGAGCUCCGGAGCUCCACCUCUAAACCGCACUCUUUCCGUCCCCGACCCCGUGUUCCCUCACUGGCAACCGUCUGAACGCGUUUCUCGUAUGAAGCCCGAGCAGAUUGAAGAGGUCCGACUGCGGCUUAAUCUUGAUGUUUCUGUUGCUUCUGAGUCUCUUCCUGCACCUGCACCAAUAGAAUCAUUUUCAGACAUGUGCUUGCACCCUAGUAUCAUGAAGGAUAUUGCUUAUCAUGAAUACACAAGGCCAACUUCUAUCCAGGCUCAAGCCAUGCCAAUUGCUCUUAGUGGAAGGGAUCUAUUGGGUUGUGCAGAAACUGGUAGUGGAAAAACUGCAGCUUUCUCCAUUCCUAUGAUAGAGCAUUGCUUGGCUCAACCUCCGAUUCGGCGCGGUGAUGGUCCUUUAGCAUUGGUUCUGGCACCUACUAGAGAGCUUGCUCAACAAAUAGAGAAAGAGGUUAAAGCUUUUAGCAGAUCACUUGAAUCAUUAAAAACUGCAAUAGUUGUAGGUGGAACUAACAUUGAAAAGCAGAGAUCUGAGCUACGAGCAGGAGUUGACAUAGUGGUUGCUACCCCUGGAAGAUUCAUCGAUCAUUUACAACAAGGCAAUACUUCCCUUUCUAGAAUUUCUUUUGUUGUUCUAGAUGAGGCAGAUCGGAUGCUUGAUAUGGGUUUUGAACCGCAGAUAAGAGAGGUCAUGAGAAAUCUUCCAGAGAAGCAUCAAACAUUGUUGUUUAGUGCAACUAUGCCUGUGGAGAUUGAAGCUUUAGCAAAGGAGUACUUAGCAAGCCCCGUGCAGGUAAAGGUAGGGAAAGUGAGUAGCCCAACAGCAAACGUUUGUCAAACUCUUGUGAAGGUUUCUGAAGAUGAGAAGAUUGACCGGCUUCUGGAUAUGCUUGUUGAGGAGGCGUCACAGGCUGAAAAAUGCAAUCGUCCUUUUCCAUUAACAAUAGUGUUUGUGGAAAGAAAGACAAGGUGUGAUGAAAUUGCUGAAGCAUUGGUAGCCCAAGGUUUAUCUGCUGUUUCUCUUCAUGGUGGCCGUAGUCAGAAUGAAAGAGAGGCUGCUUUGCAUGAUUUUCGAAGUGGCUCCACUAACAUUUUGGUUGCCACUGAUGUUGCAUCGCGUGGCUUGGAUGUCACAGGAGUGUCACAUGUCAUCAAUUUAGAUCUUCCAAAGACCAUGGAAGAUUAUGUACACCGGAUUGGCAGGACAGGGCGUGCGGGAUCAACAGGCCAGGCGACUUCUUUUUACACUGAUCGUGAUAUGUUCCUUGUUGCAAAUAUAAGGAAGGCUAUAGCUGACGCUGAGUCUGGGAAUGCCGUGGCAUUUGCAACUGGGAAAGUUGCUAGAAGAAAGGAGAAAGAGGCGGCAGCUGCACAAAAAGAGGCAAAGAUAGCUUUAUCCAAGAACUUGUCUUCCGGAACUGCCCCAAUCGCUAUUGAGGAUAAGUAUAGGUUCAUGAUUACCUCAUCGAAUAUCAAAAGAGAAGGUGCAGCUGAUAGUGCGUGGGAUGAUUGAACCAGAUGUUUGACGGCGGCCCUCAUUUAAUUGAUGGAACUUUACGAAAGGCUCCAAGAGAUUGUUGAAAUUUUUGCUGUGCAUUGAUAUUGUUGGCCUCGCUUGAGAAGUUGGACUACACCUAUGGGUGAUCCAUCAAUAGGCUUGUUUCGUCAGAGACAUGGGGCUGUGGCUGUGCGAGGAUGGUGGAGAUGGAUGGACUAGUUUGUAUGGAAGCUGGGAGUCUCCGUGUAUUGACUUUUUACACCAUUGUAAUUGGCUAUCAGCAAAGCGUAGCUUGCUAGAUAGACGCCUAGACUUUGUAGGACUGGCAUAGGUUAUGCAUCUUGUGCAUCCCACGAACGCAAGUUCCCUUCUCUUUCAAAUUUUGUUGCCUGAAAAAAAAAAAAAAACAAGACUUUGACAAUCACUCCAGCAUAAUUGUAUAUCCACCUUCCAUGUAUUCCACUCCCGCACUCAACAUCAAUUUGUUUCAGCAUAGAAUGCCUGCAAUGUCAUGUUCUUAUAUUGAGACUUUUUUUGAUCCAGAGAAAGAAAAUUACUUCUAUGUUUUA